AUGCAGGAACAUCCAUUGGGACCUAAUUAUGAUCAAAACAAGGUUGCUAGCCAACCAACCUUAAACUUAUACAAAAACUUAAGCAAAGCACCGCAAACAAACGAGAAACUUUUAGCUGCGCUUAAGUGUUUUUUAGGCGAAAAAAUACUUAACUCUGAAAAUAAACCUGAUAUUCCUUAA